AUGGCCGCUCAGGUUGCCAGCGCCACUACACUCAACACCAGCCCGCCUUCCGAGCUCAAGAGACUGGACCGAGAGGUGAAGGACGACCCUGGAGCGGUGGAGCAGCCAGCGGGGACCGGGGUGGAGAAAAAGCCCGGUUUGAGGCGCCUCGAGUCUCCCAUACGAGGCGAGCUACAGCAGCAGGGCGACGCUGGAAAUGCAGGGGGAGGGGAGAUGAAGAACGGCAAUGGGAACAAUAAUACCCCGAAUGACUCUGUAGGAGCCGAGGGGACCAAGCACCCAGGCUCCACGCACCACCACGGUUCCGCUUUCCCGGCGCACUCGUACGGAUACGGCCAGCAGUACUCUCGGCCUUUUCAUCAACAUGGCGGACAACAAAGCCCUGGCAUGGCAGCUGGUUCAGGCGCUCAACAAGGCAAUAUAAUGGAGCCGUAUCAGCCUAAUUCGCACGAACAUGGCUUUGCGAAUCAUCAGUACAACUAUAACAGCUCGUUUCCCAGGACUCAAUACGCGGUGCAAAGCUACGGCCUGAGCUCCCCACGCAGUAACCAACCAGCUAAGCAGCCUCAGCAGCAGCAGCAGCAGCCACCCACCGCUAUGGCUGGCUCUUACAACAACCAGAGAUAUAGCAUUGGAAAUCCGCAGCCCACAUCCACACCAACGCUAAAUAAGCUACUGACUUCGCCCAGCUCUACGCGCGGGGGAUACCCGAACUACCCACCCGGGAGCAGCGAGUAUGUUGGUGGGGAAAGCGCAGGCAAAUCUGCACCAGACAUGGGCAGCACAGGCGUGCAAUACGCAGGGACCAACUGGCAACAAAGGGCCCAUCACCAGUCGCCCAUGAGCCCUGGGAGUACCGGGCAGCCGCUGAAUAGAACUCAGCCCACUGGAACCAUGGACCCAAUGGGGAAGACAAGGGGGCAACCAUAUGGCGCAGGAGGACCGUAUGUACAACAGCCUCAACAAGGGGCUCCUACAGGCCCCCAGCCUGGCCCAGGGUACCCAGGCCAGGGCUAUGGCCCAGGACCUCAGAGAUAUCCACUAGGGAUGCAAGGCCGCUCCCCAGGAGCCAUGGGAGCCAUUCCUUAUGGACAGAUGGGCUCAUACGGACAGCAAGGACCAGGAGGCUAUGUUUCUCAGACUCAGACCCCGUACUAUGGGCAGCCUGGACAGGGGCCUCACUCGCAGCAGAGCCCCUAUCCCCAGCCCCAGACGGGACAAGCUGCAGGCCAGGCCCCCUACCCAGGGCAGCACCCUCCAGCGUCUGGUCCUCAUGCACAGGGAGGCCCGCCCUAUCAGCAGCAGCACAUGGCCCCACAGACCCAAGGGCCUGUGCCAGGACCUCAGGGACCUCCACAGUCUCAGCCUCCGUACUCUCAGCCUCCGACCCCUCAGUCCAGCCACUCACCUUACGCACAGCAGCAAGGUGCAAGUCAGAGCCAAGCCCAGACUUCCCCUGCUGCUCCGGGCUCACAGUCGACUUACCCAGUUGCCACCGCAGCCUCCUCGGGGCCCCCUCAGCCGGCUCAGCCUCAGCCGGCUCAGCCUCAGCCCCAUCCACAGAGCCAUCCCCAGAGUCAGGCGUACACCCAGGGUCCACAGAGUCAGCAGCAGUCACAUCCUCCGUACCAGCGCUUCCCUCCGCAGCAGCAGCAGGAAGUGUCCCAGGACUCCUUUCAGUCCACUGUCCCUCCAUCUUCUCAGCCCAAACCGGGCCCAGAGGACGGUCAGGGCCGCCCCUCCAGCCUCCCAGACCUGUCGGGCUCCAUAGAUGACCUGCCCACUGGGAAUGAAGGCGCCCUGAGUCCUGGAGUGAGCACCUCUGGAGUAUCCAGCAGCCAGGGGGAGCAGAGCAACCCAGCGCAGUCGCCCUUCUCCCCCCACACGUCCCCACACCUGCCGGGUAUCCGUGGACCAUCCCCUUCUCCGGCUGGUUCUCCUGCCAGUGCCAGUACCCCCCGCACAGGGCCGCUGUCCCCCGUCAACAUGCCAGUGCCCCAGAUGCCCCCACGGCCCUCCAGCGGUCAGCCUGAUGGAAGCUUGCAUCCAUCCAUGAGCCAGUCCCCUAUGGCCCAAGACAGAGGCUUCAUUCAGAGGAACCCUCCGAUGCCUUACGGUUCCCCGCAGUCUGCCUCGUCUCUGUCCCCUCGACAGUCCUCUGGAGGCCAGAUGCAUCAUGGAAUGGGCCCGUACCAGCAGAACAACUCCAUGGGUGGAUACGGGCAGCCGGGAGCCCAGUAUGGCCCACAAGGUUAUCCACGGCAGCCUGGUUACAUACCAAACGCCAACUACCCAGGACCCGGAAUGGGCCCCAUGAACCCCAUGGCAGGACAGGGCGGGGGCCCUCCCUACGGCAGCAUACCCCCAGGGCGAAUGCCUCUGAACCAGAUGGGAGCCAGACCAUAUGGCCCCAACAUGAACCCCAACAUGGGGAAUUUGGCUCACCAAGGAGGACCUGGCAUGUGUCCUCCAGGCAUGAACCGCAAGGACCCAGGCGCCAUGCUGCAUCCAGGGACCAACUCCAUGCACAACCGGAUGCCUGGGUACCCCGGUAUGUCCCAAGGCAUGAUGGGCUCUGGCCCCCCCUACGGUCCCUCUUUGAACAACAUGACUGGGAUGAUGAAUGCCCAGGGGGGAUCACCUUAUGCCAUAGGCCCCAACAUGGCCAAUAACUCCAGUGGAAUGGCCCCCAGUCCUGAAAUGAACAACAAGAUGAACAACAAGGUGGAUGUCAGUGCAACCCCCAAACCAGAGCCCAAGUCCAAGAAAUCUAACUCGUCUACCACGACUUCGGACAAGAUCACACGGCUGUACGAGCUGGGGCCGGAGCCGGAGCGCAAGAUGUGGGUGGACCGCUUCCUGUCUUUCGUCGACGAGAAGUCCAUGCCGAUGACCAACCUGCCGGCAGUGGGUCGAAAGCCCCUGGACCUAUUCAGGCUCUACAUGUCAGUGAAGGAGAUUGGGGGAAUGGCCCAGGUCAGCAAGAAUAAGAAGUGGCGAGAUCUGGCCACCUCACUCAAUGUGGGCACAUCCAGCAGCGCAGCGAGUUCCCUCAAAAAGCAGUACAUCCAGUGUCUCUAUGCCUUCGAAUGUAAGAUCGAGCGGGGAGAAGACCCGCCUCCAGAGAUAAUCGACAACAAGAAGAACACUGCCCCGAAAGUGCAGCCCCCGUCCCCAGCAUCGCUCUGCUCCACAGCUGGGUCUGGCUCUCUGCAGGGGCCCCAAACGCCCCAGUCCACCAGCAGCUCCAUGGCAGAAGGGGGGGACUUGAAGCCACCCACCCCAGCUUCCACUCCUCACGCCCAGAUGCCCCCGGGGCCCAGGAGCAGUGUGAACCUCCAGGAUCCAUUCUCGGACAGCAGUGACCCGUCCUUCCCGCGGCGGAACCUAACUCCAAACUCUGUCUAUCCGUCUGGGAUGGGGAAUCCAGACAUGCAGGGGCGUAUUGGGCCUUAUGAGCCUAACAAGGACCCCUUCACGAGCAUGCGAAAAGUGGGUGACCAGUUUCUCCCAGCGAGUCAAGGCCCCAACAGUGACUCUCCGCAGCAGGCUCCAUAUAGGGGGCCAUCCGGGGCCAUGGGACCCAGGCCUCAGUACCCGUAUGGACCAGCCUACGACCGGAGGUCUGAGGCUGGCAUGGGCACAGAGGGAAACAUGGGCCCCGCUGCUCCCGCGUCCGGCUCCUUGAUGCCGGCCAACGCCGACACAGGGAUGUACUCUCCAAACCGUUUUCCUCCACAGCAGCCACGGCAUGAUUCCUAUGGAAAUCAGUAUGCUGGACAGGGAACGCCCCCUGCUGGGUCCUACCCCAAUCAGCAGCCAGGAAUGUACCCACAGCAACAGAGUUACAAGCGUCCUGGUGAAGGCAGUUAUCCUCCAGCGAAGCGUCAUGAAGGGGACUACAGCAGCCCCUACCCUAGUGGUCAGCAGCCUCAGCAACUCCCCUCAGGUUCAGCGCCCUCUUCAGGACAGUCAGAGCCUUACAGUCAGUAUGCAGGCACGGGGCCAUACCCAGAAAGACGUCCGCCUGGCUCGGGGAACCAGUUCCCUUUCCAAUAUGGCCGGGAACGCAUGCCGGGACCCAACACUCAGACCAGCAUGCCUCCCAUGAUGCAGCCGGGACCUGAAGGCUCCAUGUGGCAGGGCCGGGACAUGAACUACCAGAACUAUCCAAACCGACAGGGCCCCACAGGCCCCCCAUCUGGACCCUAUCCCGGGAUGAACCGGUCAGAGGAUAUGAUGGCAGAGCAGAGAAUGAACCAUGAGGGCCAAUGGGGCCCUCGGCAACCUCCCUUUGGCCCUGCAGGGCCAGGGCAGCCCCUGUCCCGCACUGUACCGCCGGGAUACCAGCCUCAAGCUGUGCAGAACCACAUUCCACAGGUGCCCAGUCCAUCUAUCCCCCGCAGCAUGGAUAGUGGACUUUCGCCCAGUAAAGGUCACUUUAUGCAUGGAAUGAAGAUGCAGAAAGCAGGCCCCCCUGUCCCCGCGUCCCACAUUGUGCCCACUUCAGUGCACUCGCCUUUAAUCAGGAGAGACAUGCCUUUCCCUCCAGGCUCUGUGGAAGCCUCACAGCCUGUCCUCAAACCUCGCCGAAGACUCACUAUGAAAGACAUCGGAACUCCAGAAGCAUGGAAAGUGAUGAUGUCUCUCAAGUCGGGUCUGCUAGCAGAGAGUACAUGGGCCUUGGAUACCAUCAAUAUCCUCUUGUUUGAUGACGGAAGUAUUACUACUUUUGAUCUCAAUACUUUGCCUGGUCUUCUCGAGCUUGUUGUUGAGUAUUUCCGACGCUGCCUCAUCGAAAUCUUUGGCAUACUGAGAGAGUAUGAGGUGGGCGAUCCUGGGCAGAGGACAUUGCUCAAUCCUGAUGCUUUGAAAGAAGAUUUUGGCGAUGCAGGUGUGGCCGUCCAGCCAGAGGACAUGGAGAAUGAUGAGGAGGAAGAAGAGGAGGAGGAGGAGGAGGAGGAUGACAAAAUGGAACCGGCAACGCUGCAACCAGUUUGUGUGAAGGAGGAAGAAAAGCAGCAAUGCCUUCAGUAUCUCGGCCAACUACCAAAACCUGAAAAUUAUGAAACUAAAGCAAAGCAAAGCUUGGAUAAUUCUUCUUUUGAAAGUGCAAGACCCAAACAGGCCAGCAAGUUUGAUAAAUUCCCUCUAAAAGUGGUACGAAAGAAAGAACCUUUUGCGGCUGCCCAGCCCAAUAACCAUGGCAAAGUGCAGGAGUUUGACAGUGGCUUGGUUCAUUGGAGUGCGGGAGGCGGAGACUCAACGGAGCACAUCCAGACCCACUUUGAACCUCAAAGAGAUUUCCUGGAGCCACGACAACGAAUACCUGUGCCUCAAAGCCUAUUCAAGAGGCAGGCCACAGAAGAAGAGCUUCAAGAAAACUGUCUAACAGAUGUCGUGGCAAAGGAUGAGGAGCAGAGUUAUUUGGCCACAGAGAGUGCUGAGAACAAUAUGGAUAAAACCCCAUCUCCUAAUGUCAAAAACUCUGAUUCUGAAAUGCCUGGUCUUGAGAAUCAUGAAGUAAAGAUGAAGGCCCACUCAUCACCAUCACGAACUGGCAAUGACCACGAAAUGUCGAGGCACCCAGGACUGCUGCUAAUGUUGGGCCGUCUGAUCCUGCUUCAUCACAGACAUCCUGAGCGUAAACAGGCCCCGCUUACGUAUGAAAAAGAGGAGGAUUCGGAGGAGAAAACAGGCCAAAGGGACGAGUGGUGGUGGGACUGUUUGUCACUGCUCAGAGAGAACACGUUGGUCACUCUGGCAAACAUCUCUGGUCAGUUAGAUCUGUCUGUAUACUCUGAGAGCAUCUGUUUGCCUCUGCUGGAUGGCCUUCUUCACUGGGCUGUGUGCCCCUCAGCUGAGGCCCUGGACCCAUUCCCCACAUUAGGCCCUCAUAGUGGUUUGUCACCUCAGAGAUUAGUUCUGGAGACGCUAAGCAAACUCAGCAUUCAAGACAAUAAUGUGGACCUCAUCCUGGCCACGCCACCCUUCAGUCGCUUAGAGAAGCUGUUCGGUAACUUGGUCCGUUUAAUAGGUGACCGGAAAGUGGCUGUAUGCAGAGAGAUGGCAGUAGUUCUUUUGGCAAACCUGGCCCAAGGUGAUACUAUUGCAGCGAGAGCGAUUGCUGUGCAAAAAGGCAGUGUGGGAAACCUGUUGGGUUUCCUUGAGGACAGUUUAGCAGCCACACAGCUGCAGCAGAGCCAGAGCUCCAUACUUCACCUGCAGGGAAUGCACUUCGAGCCCACGAGCCCGGACAUGAUGCGGCGGGCGGCUCGAGCUCUGCAUGCCUUAGCCAAAGUGGAGGAGAACCACUCAGAGUUCACACUACAUGAGUCCCGGCUUCUGGACCUGUCUGUCUCUCCCCUCCUGAACUCGCUGGCGUGCAUCCGCGAAGUCUUGCCGGGAUGUGCCCUGGUCACCUUCCAAUCAAUGAUCAUUGACCCCCAGGAGGCUCGCAGAGGCCCACACAGGAGCCACUGA